AUGGGCAACUUCAAGAUCAAUACCUCUGAUGCUCCUACCUUUAUCUUGACGGGCUUCCCAGGAAUGGAGGCCAUGGAGGCAUGGCUAUCUGUCCCUCUGCUUCUGCUCUAUGCCAUCUCUAUUGUGGGCAACACCCUGAUCCUCCUCGUUGUUAAGCAGGAGCAGAGUUUGCACCAACCCAUGUACUGCUUCUUGUCUCUACUCUCAGUCAAUGACUUGGGGGUGUCCUUUUCCACAUUACCGACUGUGCUGUCUGCCCUCUGCUUCCAUGCCCAGGUGAUUGCCUUUAAUGCCUGCUUGGCUCAAAUGUUUUUCAUCCACUUCUUUUCUUGGACAGAGUCUGGCAUCCUUCUGGCUAUGAGCUUCGAUCGUUAUGUGGCCAUCUGCAACCCACUGCGCUAUGCUACAAUUCUCACUAAUGCCCAUAUUAUGGCAAUGUGCCUAUGUACUGUCGUCCGAAGCUUUGCCUUCAUUCUGGUCUUCCCAUUGCUGCUGCACAGACUGUCCUUCUGCCACAGCAAGAACAUCCUCUCCCAUGCCUACUGCCUUCAUGUGGAUAUGAUCAAGCUGGCGUGUACUGAUGUCUCCCUUAAUAGCUACUAUGGGCUGUCCAUUGUACUGUUCACCUUUGGCCUGGACUCUGUACUCAUUUUCAUUUCCUACAUACUUAUCCUGAGAUCAGUGCUAGCCAUUUCCUCCCAAGAGGAGCGCCUCAAGGCACUCAACACAUGCGUGUCCCACAUCCUAGCUGUGCUCAUCUUCUAUGUGCCCAUGGUGAGUGUGUCCAUUGUGCAUCGCUUUGGUGCUGGCCUGCCCCAUGCUGUCCAUAUCCUCAUGUCUAUUCUUUACCUCUUUGUGCCUCCCAUGCUCAAUCCUAUCAUCUACUCCAUUAAGACAAAGGAGAUCCGCCACAGGCUUCUCAAGAUGUUCUUCAGGAGUAAGUUCUGA